CCCACGGCCGAGGGGGUGGGGCGGCCUCGCCUCGGGCCGGUGCUUUUCGCCCUCCGUUGGCCGCCAGAGGCUCCCUCUCUCUCUCCCUCUCCUGGGAUUUUGCUGCUGGGUUCCCUCUUUCUGCGGCCCUAGAGUUAAUCCUAUCAGCCGAGGGAGCUCGUCUCUCCCAUGCCACACUGGGAUCCGCCUGGCAGCCGCUGGGAGCCGCAGCCAAUGUGUUAGGACUUCAGGUGCUUCUUGGCACAAAGCUAGACUGCGACCUCCUACCAUAGCGCUUGGCGUCACCUGCUCUCCCGGCCCUGCCCCGGGGCCGAGGGAUUGCGUCCCGAACCAGGCUUGGGAAUCCGCUGCCUCUCAAUAAAUAAUUUCUUCUGCUUGAUAUGUGGCUAAACCACUUGGACAAUAAAGUGUGUAUUAGUUGACUAAACAUAAAUUCAAGUACAUGGAUUCAGAAAUUCAUUCUUUUCUAUUACAGAUGAACCUCUAGUCUUGCUUUGAAAAAGCCAUUUUGUGUAACUAUUGACUGAAUAAUUUCCUAAUACAUUUGUUGGGACGAUCACUGAGAGUAUGCCACUUGAGCGGCCCUUUUCUUGACCAAAUACUGGUGAUUAGAGAAGAGAGUUUUUUUUUUUUUUUUUUUCCCCCUUGAUCAUUAUGAACAUUGGCUUUUCACCCUUGAAGUAAAAAUGUUGAAAGCUGAGUCUUCAGGUGAACGAACCACUCUGAGAAGUGCCUCUCCUCACAGGAAUGCAUAUAGAACUGAGUUCCAGGCACUGAAAAGUACCUUUGACAAACCCAAGUCAGAUGGGGAACAAAAAGCAAAGGAAGGGGAGGGCUCCCAGCAGAGCAGGGGGAGGAAAUAUGGCUCCAAUGUCAACAGAAUUAAAAACCUGUUUAUGCAGAUGGGUAUGGAACCCAAUGAGAAUGCUGCAGUCAUUGCCAAAACCAGGGGGAAAGGUGGACCUUCAUCCCCUCAGAGAAGAAUGAAGCCCAAAGAAUUUCUGGAGAAAACAGAUGGCUCAGUUGUUAAAUUGGAGUCCUCUGUAUCUGAACGAAUUAGUAGAUUUGACACAAUGUACGAUGGCCCUUCAUAUUCUAAGUUCACAGAGACCCGAAAGAUGUUUGAGAGAAGUGUGCAUGAGUCAGGGCAAAACAACCGCUAUUCCCCAAAGAAAGAAAAAACUGGGGGGAGUGAACCACAGGAUGAGUGGGGUGGUUCCAAGUCCAACAGAGGCAGUACUGAUUCCUUGGACAGCCUUAGCUCCCGGACCGAGGCUGUCUCCCCAACGGUGAGUCAACUGAGUGCAGUAUUUGAGAACACCGAGUCCCCCAGUGCCAUCAUUUCUGAGAAGGCUGCAAACAAUGAAUACUCAGUGACUGGGCAUUAUCCUCUGAAUUUACCAUCUGUUACUGUUACAAAUCUUGACACCUUUGGCCACCUUAAGGAUUCUAAUUCUUGGUCUCCAUCGAACAAACAAGGGGUUGAUACAGAGGAUGCUCAGAAGAGUAAUACAACUCCAGUACCAGAAGUGGCUCCUAAAAGUACCUCUCUAGCUUCGUUACCUAGUGAAGAGAUACAGCAGAGCCAGGAAGCCGAGGACUCCAUAUCUAACCAGGAGACUCCGGACAGAAUUGACAAAGAUAUUCCUGAAGAGCCUUGUGCUGAAAAUAAGGCAAUGCCAAAGUCUGAUAUCCUUUCACCCCAAAACCAACCUUUAGGAGAGGCUGAAGCUAAUUCUGUUGGAAGUGAGGCAGCAAAGCAACAGAGGAAAGAACUUGCAGGUGGUGAUUUCACCUCUCCUGAUGCUUCUGCAUCCAGUUGUGGAAAAGAAGUACCUGAAGACUCAAAUAAUUUCGAGAGUUCCCAUGUGUAUAUGCAUAGUGACUACAAUGUGUAUAGGGUGAGAUCCAGGUAUAAUUCAGACUGGGGAGAGACAGGCACUGAGCAGGAUGAGGAGGAAGAUAGUGAUGAGAACAAUUACUAUCAGCCUGAUAUGGAAUACUCGGAAAUUGUUGGAUUGCCAGAAGAAGAAGAAAUCCCAGCAAAUCGGAAAAUUAAGUUUAGUAGUGCUCCAAUUAAGGUUUUUAACACAUACUCCAAUGAAGACUAUGACAGGAGAAAUGAUGAAGUUGACCCCGUGGCCGCAUCUGCUGAGUAUGAACUUGAAAAGCGUGUAGAGAAGCUGGAACUUUUCCCAGUGGAACUAGAGAAAGAUGAGGAUGGUCUUGGUAUCAGUAUUAUUGGAAUGGGUGUUGGAGCAGAUGCUGGACUUGAGAAACUGGGAAUAUUUGUCAAGACAGUAACAGAAGGUGGUGCUGCUCAGCGAGAUGGCAGAAUACAAGUCAAUGACCAGAUUGUGGAAGUGGAUGGAAUCAGCUUGGUGGGUGUCACACAGAAUUUUGCUGCAACAGUUCUCAGAAACACCAAGGGCAAUGUCAGAUUCGUUAUUGGACGAGAAAAGCCAGGACAAGUGAGUGAAGUUGCCCAGUUGAUAAGCCAGACGCUGGAACAAGAGAGGCGCCAGAGAGAGCUGCUGGAGCAGCACUAUGGGCAGUAUGAUGCUGAUGAUGAUGAGAACACUGUGGCUGAAUUUCAAGGAGUAUCUGCCAACUGCAAUAACAAUAACAACUGUGUCCUUAAGACAGGAGAAUAUGCCACAGAUGAAGAAGAGGAUGAGGUAGGGCCUGUUCUUCCUGGUGGUGACAUGGCCAUUGAAGUCUUUGAGCUGCCUGAGAAUGAGGACAUGUUUUCUCCAUCAGACCUGGACACAAGCAAGCUCAGUCACAAGUUUAAAGAGUUGCAAAUCAAACAUGCAGUAACAGAAGCAGAGAUUCAAAAAUUGAAGACCAAGUUGCAGGCCGCAGAAAAUGAGAAAGUGAGGUGGGAACUAGAAAAAACCCAACUCCAACAGAACAUAGAAGAGAAUAAAGAAAGAAUGCUGAAGUUAGAGAGCUAUUGGAUUGAGGCUCAGACAUUAUGCCACACAGUGAAUGAACAUCUCAAAGAGACCCAAAGCCAGUAUCAGGCCUUGGAAAAGAAGUACAACAAGGCAAAGAAAUUGAUCAAGGAUUUUCAACAAAAAGAGCUUGAUUUCAUCAAAAGACAAGAAGUAGAAAGAAAGAAAAUAGAAGAUUUAGAAAAAGCUCAUCUUGUGGAAGUUCAAGGCCUACAAGUGCGGAUUAGAGAUUUGGAAGCUGAAGUGUUCAGACUACUGAAACAGAAUGGGACUCAAGUUAACAAUAACAACAACAUCUUUGAAAGAAGAACAUCUCUUAGUGAAGUCUCCAAAGGAGAUACCAUGGAGAACUUGGAUGUCAAACAAACAUCUUGUCAGGAUGGCUUAAGUCAAGACUUGAACGAAGCAGUCCCAGAAACAGAACGCUUGGAUUCAAAGGUCCUAAAAACUCGAGCCCAGCUUUCCGUGAAGAACAGGCGCCAGAGGCCCACCAGGACAAGACUCUAUGAUAGUGUCAGUUCAACAGAUGGGGAGGACAGUCUAGAGCGAAAGCCUUCAAACAGUCUCUAUAACCUCAUGCAUAUUACCAAAUCAGUUCCGCCCAAGGGUCUGAGAACUUCUUCUCCAGAAUCAGAUUCUGGGGUUCCACCCCUCACUCCAGUGGCUAGCCAUGUGCCCUUCUCGCCUGACCACAUAGCAGAGUUUCAAGAAGGACCAAUGCACCCAGAAAGGGGGCCUUUAUCCUCUGUUUGGGGAGACACUUCGCUUUCCUCUCCUUCAAAAUCUGAUCAUGAUAUGGAAGAACCUCCUUGCCCCCAUCAAGCUACCAGAAAGAAAAUAUUACGAGAAAAAGAUGAUGCCAAAUGUCCCAAAUCACUAAGGGCAUCCAGUUCAUUGGUGAAACAAGGAGGAAAAAUUAGGCGGAAGUUUGUGGAUCUGGGGGCACCUUUGCGAAGGAAUUCCAACAAAGGAAAAAAAUGGAAAGAAAAAGAAAAAGAAGUCAAUAGGUUUUCUGCAGGUAGCAGGAUCUUCAGAGGCAGGCUGGAAAACUGGAAAGCCAAGCCGCCCUCCGCAGCUCAGGCCUCCACCCGCUCCCCUUGCAUGCCUUUCUCCUGGUUUAAUGAAAGCUGGAAAGGAUCCUAUUCCUUCAGGAACCUGCCUUCACCUACAAGUCCCCUUCAGCCUUCUCCUGAGACUCUAAUUUCAGAUAAAACGGGGUCUAAGGUAGAAAACACAUGGAUUGAAAAAGCAAACAAGAAAAACCCAAACCCCUCCUCCUGUUCAGUCUCUGGAAGGCGUCCUCAACCUGUGUGUGCUCUGGAUCCACGGAACCGUGUGAAUUUUACCUUCAACGAUGACUUCAGUCCCAGCAGUACCAGUUCCGCAGACCUGAGUGGCUUAGGAGCAGAACCCAAAACACCAGGGCUGUCUCAGUCCUUAGCACUGUCAUCAGAUGAGAGCCUGGAUAUGAUAGAUGACGAGAUCCUUGAUGAUGGACAGUCUCCCAAACACAGUCAGUAUCAGAGUCGGGCCGUUCAUGAAUGGAGUGUGCAGCAGGUUUCUCACUGGUUAAUGAGCCUAAAUCUGGAGCAGUAUGUCUCUGAAUUCAGUGCCCAAAACAUCACUGGAGAGCAGCUCCUGCAGUUGGAUGGAAAUAAACUUAAGGCUCUUGGAAUGGCAUCAUCACAGGAUCGAGCUGUGGUUAAAAAAAAACUGAAGGAAAUGAAGAUGUCUCUAGAGAAGGCUCGGAAGGCCCAAGAGAAAAUGGAAAAACAAAGAGAAAAGCUGAGGAGGAAGGAACAAGAGCAGAUGCAGAGGAAGUCCAAAAAGUCGGAAAAAAUGACAUCAACCGCAACAGACGGCCCUGGUGAACAGUAGCACACCCUCCAGAGGGUGAGAAUGCACAAGAGAAGGCUCACCUCUUCCUGCCCUGUUCUCCUCCAGAAAAAGAAACUGGUGGUUGGGUAAUGCUGCUGUAGACAGACUGAGGAACCGUGUGUUGAAUGACUGCAUUUUCUGCAAUAAUAGAAUGCACUCCUAAUUUUAACCCCUGAAAGAACCCCAAACCAUCUUUGGUUUGUUAACAAACCAGAGAUCUCAUUUGGGAGAGACACAAAGUAGUUGUGUUGCUCUCCUGUCCUACUUACCAACAUCCUGUGUUGUGUUGGGUGUGUUGUGUCACGUGGAAAACCAGCAUGACCUGCCACGAGAACAGGACACCCCCCUGGUGUUCAUGGAGCACUUGGAAUUUUCAGUGUAGGAUCCUGAAACUAGGCCCUUGCACGUAUUUGUGUGGCAGAGAGCACCCUGCCAAUGAGAUCUGGGACUCAUAUUUGCUUCUAGGGCUGCAGAGUCCAGUCUGGUGUGUGGGAAGAGCUCCCCCUCGGUCCUGGGUCUGGGCAGAGAACAGCACCAUUGUGGAAGCAUGGGUGUUGUGCCACAUAAUUUUGUCCUAAGGGAAAGAGCAAGCACACAGUCCUGCUUGCUGGGCAUCAGAAAAAGUGAAGAGAAUCAUAGUUAUUCGUUAACUGUAGAAGAGAGUAAAAGCCUUAAUAAUGUGGAUGUGGGUAUACCUUGAGGUUUGAAGGUAACAUUUAUCCUCCAGAUGUUGCUGAACAAAGAAGAAAAAGUCAAACUUUAAUAUAGCCUUGGGAUGUUGGGAUAUGUUGUUUACUUUGCUACCACUGUAUGUUCAGUAUUUCAGCAACACUGGCAAACACAACACAGUUCCUUUGUCCCCCACACACAACAAAGUGAACAGGAAAUUGAUUUUUAAGGAAACCAACAUUUUCAGGUUUCCUCUCCUGGGGAACAUUCUGGCUGGUCUUCAGCCUGCCUAUGACACAGUCAGGAACUUGUCACAUAUUUUCUACUCAGAAUUUCCCAAGUGGGCUCAGUUAGUGUUUUAACAAACUCACUUUUAAGGAAAAUAGAAAUACCAGUUAGAGAAAAUUUAGAUUUGAGUAACAUUCAACCAGAGAACCAAUUUUUUUGAGCACACAGAACGUUCCUAUAAAACAGAGCUGUCAGUUAGUUACAUUUUAGAGAUAUUUUGAAUGGUUUUUCUGAGCCAUUCUCUACCAUACUCCAGAGAUUUCCACUUCACAGUUGAAGUUUGUUUAAGGCAGUACAUAGGAUACAUUUUGGUAGUGGAAGAACUUAUGCUUAUUUUAAAGCCAGUAUUAAGGACUUCAGUAUUUCACCAAACUUAGUUGAGUGUAGGAGACUAGGGCAGAAAGAGGAGAAGAUAAACUAAUCGAGAAAUUUCCAAUGAUGAGGUUUUUUUUGUUUUGUUUUUUUUUUUUUUUUUUUUUUUUUUGCUUUUUAUGCUUAUGUAUCUUGUUCUCUUUGCUGCUUUGGCUCCAAAAAUGAGGUCAUCCACUUUCCAAUGGACAAGUUACAAAGUAUGACUUGAGGCCAGAUAAAUUUUAGAUAAGUAUUUUACCUCUUUUGUGACACUGGGUCUUGCUCUGUCCUCAGCGUUGUCCAUGCUGAAGUGUUGUACAUGCAGAGCACGGGAGAUGGCUCUUGAGUAUUACAGUAACAGUCAGUGUAAGGGGACUCCUGCCGUAUAGCCCCACCUAAUAUUGUUAACAUUGUGAAAUUUAAUUUUUAUUAUUUUUAAUAUCCAAGUUCUGGAAUAGUCUGAACUAGAAAUGUAUUGUCUUAUUCUUUUCUCAAGGUCUGAUUCCUUUUCUGCCAUAGUAUGGUCUGGUCUGCUAAGCUUCAGUGAUUUUGUCACCAGGUACAGAUCAUACAUUCACUCCUCAGAAACACUGAUAUAUAGUAGCUUUUACAGUUAGGAGAGGCACUGUUAGGUUUUUCUGUCUAUCUUCAUUUGGGAUAUGAAAUGAAACUGCCAUACUCAAUACUUAUAAUAUCUAGAAAUGUCUGGUGCUUCCUAUUAUUAACAUCACAAGAAACCAGGAGCAACUAUUAAUGAACUACAAAAUUCAGCAAAUCUUUCCUCAUACUUCUAGAAGAUUAAAUUAGUAAAAAUCUGGUAAUGCUUGUGCUUGCUAUUGUAAAUUUUUGCCAUUUUCGCUUUCUUUGAAGAAAAAGUAACCUGGAUCACACUGGAGGUUUCACUGUAUUCAAGAGUGGUAUGACUAUUUUAAGUUAUGUUUACACUUCAGUAAUAUUUGAAAAUGAAUGUAUAUAUUGAAAUGUCUAUAAGUCUCUGUCUUUGCCCAUAAUUUAUGAUCUAUUAUAUUGUAUUUUCUUAAAUGUCUUAGAAGUACUGUUCUUUAUUAUAACUUUAUUUGCAUACUUCAGUGUUUAGAUCAAAGUCAUACUGAUAAUGUUAAAAAUCAAAUUCUUAUUCCUCAAAUCAUUUAGUGUAUAUUAUAACCGUUUUGAUUUUUUAAGUUUAAUUGUAGUAAUUUAGGUCUAAAUGCAUUAUUUUAAUGUUACUACUUAAAACUGCUAAAAUUGUAAAAGGGACUUGAUUUGAUUGCCCAACAAUGAAAUAUAAACUGAUUGAUACAAGGGUAUGAAAACAAAGUGAAGGACCUCAGAUCUUGUGAGCAUUUUGUUUUACUAUUAUUUUUUUGACUAUAGUGCAUGGUGACUAAUUGAGGUUCUGGUGUCUUGCACAAUCCUCCUUUAAUGCUAGUACUUUUCAGUGUUCAUACACUUUAAUGCAAAAUUGUUAUUUCAUGAACCUUAAAGACUUUUCAGUUUUUUUUUUUCCUUAUCAGAAAAUGAACAAAAAGGGAUUAUCUGGUUACCGUGUACUAUAUUUUAGUAAGGGACAGCUCAGUAUGACUCUAACUAUAGCCAAAAGUGUUUUGGGGUAUGGGUGAUGUUUUGGAGGGAGGGGGUAUAAAUAGUGAGGCUAAGCUGUAGGUAACACUAUGGGAGCUGGAUCAGGAUUUCCACUAAAGAACUUUAUAACAGAUUACUGUGCUUAAGACCAUUUCCCUUAAAGUAACUCACAGUUAUGGAAUACUUCUCUUGUUCUUCACCCCUUCAGCGCCCCCCCACACACACACACACAAUGAAUCAGAAGUGUCCUUCUGUAUUCAGUUAGGCCAGAAACCUGUCCCCACCUGCCAACAUCACACAGCCUCUUAACCACAGCAGUCAAUAAUUGCAGUAUGAUAGGUGCCAAUGCCAAACUCAGCUUUCAGUGGGCACAGAGUGGGAACAUCCACCUUGUGCGCAUUUGUUGUUGGGAACAAGGUAGCAGGAGGAAAAGUGAGAACCAAAUAGCCCUUCCCGCUGCCUGUGCCCCUAUAGUCAUUUAACCUGAAAUCCCCAAAUACCUCAGGUCCAACCUAGGAGACCUCCACAGGUCAUUUGACCUGGCAACUCACCCCAUGGCUUUCCCUGAGGACAAAGAAUUCUCACUGAAGUUCUUUGUGUAAUAGGAUUAACAUGUGCUUAAAGUUUACAUUGUAAACAACAACAAUAACAAAAAAGGUAAAUUAAAUGCACAUUUUUGUAGAUGUGCUAAUUCAUUUAUAAGUGUGGAAGAUUAGACUAAGCUUCAAGAGGAUAUUCAGUGUUUAACAAUAAUGUUCAAGAAAAUUCUGGAGGAAGGAGUCCCAACAAUUAUAAGAGAAACAUCUGCACUUUGAAUGUGUCACAGCCCUCUCAUUACAUUGAGAUAUUUAAGAAUUUUCAAAUGCCACUUGUCAUUAAAGGUACUCCCAACACAGCUGGAGUAGAGGGGCACUUCAUUUUGGUGGACAGUGGUCACAGAGCUUUGUGGCACCUGCUUUAAUGCAAAGGGUUCAUUGUUCUCUGAAGAAAAAAGGAAGAUGGAAAUGAAAAGCUCAGCUUUCCAUCUUUUUUAAUUUGCCUCUUUAACCCUGUGUGCAGUUAUAAAGCUAAGCCAUUAAGGAUAAAGUCCAUCAGUAAAAUGUCCAUGUCUUCUACCAGAACUCUUCUCAUGAUGGUAGGACAGGGGAGGGUACAUUCUCCAAAGAAAGUAGUGUUAGGGGAAAUUUGAAUGUGCUCAGUGAUUCACUCCUGAAAACCAGCCUGGGUCUGCUAGCAGAUUUUGUUUGCAUUUGUCUUGAGUAUUUAAAGUCUCAGGAAAUUUAGUCUUGAUCCAAAACACUGGGGAAAAAUUAACACCAAACAACACAUUUUCAUAACUUGAAGAAGCAGCGUAGAAUAGGCCUGAGAAGCUGGAGAGAAAAGAAAAAGCCUAAAGAAUAAAUUUUCCCCAAGAAGUGAAAACAAGAUCUAUUUAUGGUAGACAGAGGGUCUGACAAUAAACUGUGGGUUUAUUGAGAGAAUGAUUUUAACUUGAGGGUUCACAUAUGUGAGCAGCAUGAACCAAGCACCACUGUAACCUGUCUCCAGAUCCUCAAAGUUAGGGAGGAACAAAACAGGAUGCUUUCCAAUCCUUGGCCCUACCCAACCCCAAAGCACUAGGGAUUCAGCAGUGUUUAUGAGGUAAGGAACAGAGAACAAUAGACUACUCCACAACAUGCAUGCCACUGCAUAGGUAUUCAGAACUACAUCUGUGUGAAUCUAUCUUCCACCAUACCCAUAUAUAUGCAGCAAUUACAAGGCGUAAAAAAUACUGUAUGUGGAACUUGGUAAUGCCAGUUAGGAGCUAUAAUCAGAGCCUUAUUGCCACUUUUUGCUUGUCUAUACAUUGAAUGGCUCAUAGAUUUAAGAGGGUUUUUAUUUUAAUGUAGGUAUUCCUACUAAAUGCACUUACCUUUCUCUGUAUUUAUAUAUUUUGAUAAAAUUGAUUUAUUAAAUAUUUAGUAUUUUAGUAAGCUAAAAUCUUCUCAAAUGUUUGGUUAAUGCUUUGGUGUGGAGACUGCACUUUUUUCUUUUUCUUUUUCUUUUUUUUUUUUUUUUGUAGUAGAGCUCAGAAGACAUUUAUGUAGCUUUGGGCAUUUUCAACGGCAGACUACAGUUUUCUUGGCUAAAAGUUGCACUGUGUGUUCUUGUGCAUUGGCUCACACUUCCAAAAUGACAUAAUCUGUAGCUUUAGUCACUAACUACUGGUUCUCUGAUGGCAGUGUUGCCCUCACAUGACCAUUUAUUGACUUCUUGUGCCAAGUAAUGGCAUUUUGGUCAUCUCGUGCUGAUAAUGGCAUUUUGAUUGUCACCAAAAAUAAUACAGGUGGUUGUGAAUAUAUAUUGUUGGAAGAUGUACAUGUCUGUUUCUUUCAGCUCUUUUAUUCAUACAUCCAGGUUUUCUAUUAAGGAUGUGAUCAGUCGACUGUUCAUGAAAGAACAAUUGGCCAGAGAUAAUUAAAAGUGGGAAGACGCACUCCAGCUAGAUGACACCUCCCAACAACAUCAAACUGAGUUAGUGCUUGGUGAAAUUCCUUACAUACAUAUGCAGAUGCAUCCUUCAUUAUUAUUUGAUGUCACAACUACCGCUCUUGUAUUUUUAAUGGUGUUGCAGUCAAACCACUAAUACACCUGCUACAUAUUACAAAACUGGGCAGCUGAAAAAUGAAAGAUAAUAAAGUCUGUUCUCCUGUAAGAAUUUGAUUCAUUUUCAUCUUUCUUUAUAUAUCAAUAAGAAAAAGUUGUUUGAAAAUAAUUUUGAGUCCAGCAAGUGUGGGUAGCAUGUUACCUGAAACUUUUAAUUUGUACAUUUUGAUGUCUAUUCAUUUAUUUGCAUGGAAGAGACAAUUGUGCCAUGUCUGAAUUGUUCUCUUGUGCUUGGUUAAUAUGUACUGUUUCAAAUGACAUUCCUUACUCUUUGGUUUUCAGAGGCAUUCAAAGCAAAAUGUAACAGUGGUCCUUUGUUUUCUGACCAAUCUAAAAAUACCUGUGUUAAAUUUAAUUUGUUAGUGUAAAUAAAUUUCUUGCCAAUGAGUAUUAUUGUUGUUAAACAACGAAUGCAAUAAAAAGAGAAAUACUGA